AUGUCAGUCAACAGUUCACAGCGAAUAGCCUUGAUCGGGUUGGGAACCAUCGGCAUAUCCAUGGCAGCGCUUCAUCUCUCUCGUGAGAGCAACGUGGUUGAUGUAUUCGACACCCGACCGGAUUUCGAAGACUAUAUCCACAUGACACUGCCGAUCUACAUGAGCGAGCUUCCAUCAACGACUACUGACUCUAAACUAAGUCCUGAUUCUCAUCCACCAACAAUGUCAUUGGUAGCGUCCCUUAUCUCUUCCGGCCGUCUGCGGAUUCACUCGACUCUAGAAAGCGCGUGCGCGUCGGCCACCAUUGUCCAGGAGCAGGGACCAGAGAACGUUGACUGGAAGCAGUCUGCCUGGGCCCGGAUUGAAGCAGUAGCCCCGCCUUCUGCCCAUCUCUGGACAAGCACAUCUGGAAUUGCCGCUUCCAUUCAGCAAGCUAAGAUGCAGGACAAGACUCGUCUGCUUGUUGUGCAUCCGUUCAACCCACCGAAUAUCAUGCCUCUUCUGGAGAUUGUGCCGGCUCCAGGAACCUCUGCGGAACGGGUGGAGUUUGCUCGUGAAUACUUCUCUCUACCUGGGUCAAGACAUAGGCCCGUGGUCAUCCAAAAAGAGAUUCCAGGAUUUGUGGGCAAUCGGUUGGCGUUCGCGCUACUACGGGAAGCUUGCUAUCUGGUUCAAGAAGACGUGGUAAACGCAAAGGACCUGGACACGAUAUUGAUGGCUAGUCUGGGACCCAGAUGGGCUGGGAAUGGUGUGUUUGAGAGUUACCAGCAUGGUGGUGGAGAAGGUGGCAUAGGCUCCUUCCUGGACAAGCUUGGUGGCACCAUGCAAACCGUCUGGGAUGGGCAGGGGAGAGUAAACGUGGAGGGCGACGAAAGAACGGAGUGGAAGGAAAAGGUCGUUGCGCAAGUGAACGAAGCCUAUGGAACACUGUCUGCGGAGCAAAUCCAGAUAAAGGAGGCACGAUUGAAGGAUAUCAUAGGGAUCCAGACGAAGGAUUACAGCCGCGAUGGACCAUAA